ACUCUAGACAAAAUUCCCUAACGAUUUAGUAAAGGGCGACAACUGCUGAUCACGUCACUUCACGCACUUUACUCACGUCACUUGCAUUUCGUAGGAUCACGUAGGACAACGUAGGAAUUUACAGAUAUAAAGAAUUGACAUAACCUAAUCUGUCAAAAAAAUCGUUUCCUGAAUCAACAUUAAUAAUAAGUAAAAAUAGAGAAUUGUGAAGAACCCUGAUUUUAACUACGCAACAAGUGCUCUCCAAGUAUUGUAAUCGUUUCCUUUGAGAUCAAAAUAUUAUUAUCGAACACUCGAAACAACGAUUGAAAAUAAAACAACAAUUCGCUGGAUUCACAUUGAGUUGCAAUUCAAUUUGCUUGUAUAGUACAACUUUUGACCAUGGCAUCUGAGGACGUAAGUUCUCAUACAAUACUAGCUUCUUCGGAAGAGAAUGGGCAACCUGUUUCCAGUACCUUGCAACAGGAAAGUAAUGUUAAAGAUCCGAAUGCAACUAAGCCGCAAAAUCAAGGUAAACCAAAUAAUCUCCAAAGAAUACAGCAACGCAAGCAGCAAAUGUACAAUUGGCCACAAGUCAAGAAAUUAUUGAAACUUGCAAGCUACAGCGCUUGCCAAAUGGAAGAAUGUGAAUGUAACUGCUGGAAAAGUGUACAGCCAAUCAUAAAAUCACCAAAGGCCGAUACUCAGCAGCCUGUAAUAAACUUUUACGAUCCAUGCAAAAUAUGUACUCAUUCUUUAAAAAAUCACAUCACGCAUCUACCGAUUAAUUCUGAUGAAGAAAUUAAUAGAUUAUUAGGAAUGGCCAUUGAUGCGGACAAUAUUUUUAUGUGUAUACACAGAGAGGAGGAUCCUGAUACUAAAAAAGUAUAUUUCUAUUUAUAUAGACUGUUGAGAAAAUGUAUUUUGUCUAUGGUAAAACCGACUGUACAAGGCCCAUUGGGACAACCACCGUUCGAAAGACCUAGCAUAGCGAAAGCAGUGAUGAAUUUUGUUUUAUAUAAAUACAGUCAUUUGCCGCCGAGAGAGUGGCACGUUAUGUGCGAUAUGGCCAAGAUGUUUCUGCACUGCCUGAAUUAUUGGAACUUUGAUGCACCCAGUGUUAGACGAACGACGAUUAGUGCGGAUGAAGCUCCCGCUUAUAAAAUUAAUUAUACUCGUUGGCUUGUCUUCUGCCAUGUGCCUGCAUUUUGCGAUUCCUUACCGCAUCAUGAUACUCCUUUAGUCUUUGGAAGAACCCUGUUACAAGCUGUGUUCAGACCGGUUUCUAGGCAAUUAAUGGACAAGUGUCACAGUGAGAGAGAUAAAAUAACACCGGAGAAGAGAGUUUUAGUUUUAACACACUUUCCCAAGUUUCUUGAAUCAUUGGAAGCGGAGAUUUACUCUGAAAGUUCACCUAUUUGGGAUCCGGAUUUUAAACAGCCACCACCCUCUCAUAUGCAAGCUGCUUUGGAGUCAAAGGGGCAUCAAGCCAGAAAAACAGGAGAAUUCGAGAAAGUUACAAUUACUCCGAAUGAAAGAGAUAAUUUUACAACGAUAAAUAUCAGUCCUGGUAUAAAGAAAAUUCAAGAGAAACGUCCCAACUCUGAAGGGCGUCUUGACACGAAGAGGCGCAAAACUGAAGAGACAUUUGAGGAUUUGCCAAAUGAAACCAUCGCUGAAAUUGUUUUAUCUAUCAAUGAUACUAAUUACAAGUCCAGUUCUGAUGCGGUAUUUCCACCGAAUCUUCCACGAGAUGAAACCGCUAAAAUGGAGGAAAGUAAAAAGAUAAUAGAGUUUCACGUCGUGGGAAAUAGCCUUACACGACCUGUGUCUAAGCAAACUAUGCUUUGGCUGAUAGGAUUGCAAGAUGUAUUUAGCCAUCAAUUGCCUAGAACGCCCAAAGAAUACAUUACUCAGCUCGUUUUUGAUCCAAAACACAAAACGCUAGCCUUGAUAAAGGAUGGCCGACCAAUUGGUGGUAUCUGCUUCUGCAUGUUUCCGAGUCAAGGUUUCACCGAGAUAGUGUUUUGUGCCGUUACGAGUCACGAGCAAGUAAAAGGCUACGGAACGCACUUAAUGAACAUGUUGAAAGAUUAUCAUAUCAAAAACAACAUAUUGCAUUUUCUCACAUUUGCGGACGACUUUGCUAUUGGAUAUUUUAAGAAGCAGGGAUUUAGUAAAGAUAUAAAACUGCCGAAAUCGGUACACCAAGGAUACAUCAAGUAUUACGUGGGAGCGACAUUGAUGCAUUGUGAGCUGAAUCCGAAAAUUGUAUAUACCGAAUUUACGGCGGUCAUUAGAAAGCAGAAGGAAAUUGUUAAGAAGCUGAUUCACCAAAGACAACAGGAAAUACAGAAAGCGCAUCCAGGCUUAACUUGUUUCAAAGAAGGUGUACGUGGAAUACCCAUCGAAUCCAUUCCAGGCAUUCAUGAAACUGGAUGGAAGAGUUCCGCUCAAACGAGAACGAGAGGUGUGGCGAAAGGAACACAAGGUUCGGAACUGAUGGACACGAGCCUAGAUAUGUCAAACUCUUUGUACAAUACGUUGAAUAGUGUUCUGAACAGUGUGAAGAAACACAGCACAGCUGCGUGGCCUUUCUUGAAACCCGUAGACAAGAAUGAGGUUCCCGAUUACUACGAUCAUAUAAAAUAUCCUAUGGAUCUCAAGACCAUGCAGGAUCGUUUAAAUGCGGGGUACUACGUGACUAAGAGAUUAUUUAUGGCAGAUAUGUUGCGGAUCUUCACUAACUGUAGGUUGUACAAUAGUCCUGACACUGAAUAUUACCGAUGUGCCAAUACCUUGGAAAGAUAUUUUCAAACGCGUAUGAAAGAAGUCGGUCUCUGGGAUAAGUAGAAUUUUUAAGACUGUUAUGAUAAUGAUAAUGUUGGCAAUUAAUACUUUUUAAUUUAUUCUUAUUACAAAGUCUACUUGUUUUAAAAGGAAAGUCCAUAUCUCAAAAAUGUACUGCUUUUUGCGCAGUAUUUGUAUAAAAGUAAAAUGAAAUGGAUAUUUACUGGCAUAGAAGUGCAUGUCGGAAUAGAUGUAUCCUCACAGAGAUGCAAGUUCAGUCGAAAAAAAGAGAAGAAAGAAAUGUUUAUUCUUGUCUUGCUCAUUAAUUUGUGUAAAGACUUGUGUAAAGUUGAAUAAUUUAAACGUCAUGUGUGUGAUGCAAAAAGUUUCCCCCUCCCCUCCCUCCCUCCCAAGUCAUUAUUGUUUCUUUAACUAUUGUAUAAAGUUUGAUAAUAUUUAGUGUUGCAAUUGAUUUCUUCACUCGUUCCGACAUGCAUUUCUCUUUAAUCGGACGUGUAUAUGCAUAUGCAUGUGUGUGUAUAUAAAUGUAUAUAAUUGUAAAAGGAUAUUGCUUAUCUGAUUUUAAUCAUGUAUUUCAUAUAAUAUUGAUCGCGCAAGUACGAUUGUUUAUAUACGUGGCCUUUUUUAAAUUAUGUCGCACUAUAUAGCACUAUGCCAUUAAAAAUAUCAAGAAUGACUUGUGCAAAAACUUGAAACCGAAGUAGGUACUUAAUUUCACAGCCUAAUUAAUAUCAUUAUAUGAGCAGUUAAUUAAUGAGCGUAAUACGGCGAUUAUAAGGACGCUCUGGUAAGUGAUCAGUCUACGGAACAGUGACUCUCUGUAAUGCGCGUCGGUUUGUAAAAUAUCCUUAAAAGAAUAAAGCUUGUUACAUUUAUCCGCAAGUGAGAAAUACAAUAAUUGCAGCUCAGUUAUUUGUGUAACACGCUCAUAUAAAAAGUAGUACUCAAUCUUAAAUUAAUUGGUUUUAAGUUUUAAUAACUCAUGAUGAUACAUGAGAUGUACAGAAAUUGUGAAAUUUGAAGAGCCGACACAAUUACUCUAUUGCAUACUUUUAAUUAAAAAAUUUUUAAAUAUUC